UUUAAUGCGGUGUCUGGCCGCGUGGAGGGCAGCGUAAGCGGCUCCUGAGACCCAGGUCAGCAGCAGCGGAUUAGUGUGGACCUGAGCUGCCCCAUGUCCGGCGCCGGCUGCCAAUGGCCUCCAUCUUCUCCGGCCGUGUCCUGAUCCGCAACAACCGUGAGCAGGACGAGCUGGAGACGGAGGACGAGCUGAGCCGCCGGCUGGACAACCGGCUGCUGCUGCUGUUCUUUGGGGCCGGCGCGUGCCCGCGGUGCCAGGCCUUCGCACCCAUGCUCCGGGACUUCUUUGUGCGGCUCACGGACGAGUUCCAUGUGGUGCGGGCUGCCCAGCUGGCCCUCAUCUACGUGUCCCAGGACUGCACGGAGGAGCAGCAGGGCCAGUUCCUCAGAGACAUGCCCAGGAAGUGGCUCUUCCUGCCCUUCCAGGAUGACCUGAGGAGGGAGCUGAAGCUCCGGUUCUCCGUGCAGCGGCUGCCGGCCGUGGUGGUGCUCACGCCGGCGGGGGACGUGCUCACGCGCGACGCGGCCGACGAGAUCCGGCGCCUGGGCCCCGCCUGCUUCGCCAACUGGCAGGAGGCGGCCGAGCUGCUGGACCGCAGCUUCCUGCAGCCCGAGGACCCCGGCGACCCCGCGCCGCGCAGCCUCACGGAGCCGCUGCGCCGCCGCAAGUACCGCGUGGGCCGGGCGGGGCGGCCGGGGGAGGGGAUGUGCUCUGCGGGAGGGGAUCGGGGUUGA